GCCAGCUGUUAGAGUCGUUUGUUUAAAUUAAACGGACGAACUCUGGGAAAGGUCCUAAAGGCGAGGAAAAGAGUUUUGUUGGUGUUGUUCGGAGCACCGUAGAAUAUUUGCGAUGUGUGAACGCCUCUAAGAAGGACAAAUUCCACCUAGGAUUUUCCAUCGAUCUUUCUUUCUCCAACAGUCGCUCGCGAAACGUCAAUUUUCUCUCCCAAAAAGAAUCCGAUUACCCCAUAUCAAAGCAGAAUCAUGGCCACGAUACGAGUGCACGAGGACCAGGAAAAUCGGGUCACCGAGAUCCGGCGAGGCAAAGAAAAUACUACGAUGCCUCUUCAAAAUCAAACCCAACAACAAAAACGAGCCGUCCUAGGAGUCCUGCACAAUAAUUGUGUACGAAACACGAAACCGGAAAUUAGCAAAGAUGAAAAAUUCAAGGCGAAGGUCUACAUUCCAGAACAGUUCCAUUCGUUCCCGAUUUGCGAUGACAGAAAGGGGGACACUAUGUUUCAAGUCUAUGAGGACAAAUUACAAGAAGAGACGUCCGUUGCACUCCGUGAUACCAGUGAUGGAAGGGAAUUAAAAAUCAAGCAUGUAACCGAGCAAAUAACGACAGUCAAAAUAGAAAAAGAAAAGCCGGUUUUAGAAGUCAAUCCAAUUCCAGUCCAGGUUUCUCAAACCUCCAUUCAUAUCCUUGAAGAGAUAGACGAAAAGAAGGGAAAUGUCGAGUGUCCCAUGUCCCUAGACAAAUCUCUCAGUUUCGUAGAAUCUGCGAAGAAAGAUGUCCGGACAAAAGCGGAAAUCAGCAAAGCAAUUAGGACGAAUUUUUUUGAAGUUAAUGAAUAUAGGGCCGAUAUUUACAAUUAUCUCAGGACUUCCGAGACGCUACACAGACCGAAGCCCGGUUACAUGAAGAAACAGCCAGAUAUUACAUACUCAAUGAGAUCGAUAUUGGUCGAUUGGCUGGUGGAAGUUGCUGAAGAAUAUCGGUUGCAAAGUGAGACACUUUACCUUGCAGUUUCGUACAUCGAUCGAUUUUUAUCAUACAUGAGCGUCGUUCGCGCCAAACUACAACUCGUCGGUACCGCUGCAAUGUUCAUCGCAUCAAAAUACGAGGAGAUUUAUCCACCGGACGUUGGAGAAUUCGUCUACAUAACUGACGAUACGUACUCAAAGAAGCAGGUUUUGCGGAUGGAGCAUCUCAUUCUGCGAGUUUUGUCUUUCGAUCUCACUGUACCAACGCCUCUUUCCUUCCUCAUGGAAUACUGCACCAGCAAUAACCUCUCUGAAAAGAUCCAGUACUUAGCAAUGUAUUUCUGUGAGUUGUCCAUGCUCGAGGCCGAUCCCUAUUUACACUUUUUGCCCAGCCUUUUGGCUGCUUCAUCCGUGGCUUUGGCACAACACACCCUGAAUGAGGAAGUCUGGCCUCAUGAAUUGGAACUCUCGUCUGGCUAUAAUAUGCAGGAUCUCAAAAGCUGCAUUAUCUGCCUGGAGAGGACUUUCCAUAAUGCUAUGAGCAUCCAACAGCAAGCGAUACAGGAAAAAUUCAAAAGCAGCAAAUACGGCCAUGUUUCUCUCCUUCUACCAAGGAACAGUUCAGUGUUCGAUUGCGAGGAAGACGCCCAAAGCGCCUAGUAAGAAUAUAAUUUCAAGAUCCAAGAAAAUAACGAACCUCCGUGACACGGUACGUCGAAAAGACGCCAGGAGGGGAUCGAAGCAAGACUGACCCACCAUCAAAAUGAGACGUAGCGCCUUUAUCAAACUCUCGAAUAAAAAAAAGAGAAUGUAAGUUUACUCGAGAGAGUGAACGUAGAUGCACUGGCGUUAGAAAAACGCACCUGAAUUCUACGUUUUCGAAAAAGGAAGAAAAAGAGAAAAAACAGAAGAAUUUUAACGUUUUCGGGGCCCUUCGCUCUAUUAACGAAUGCGGCUCUCGCGUUAUUUAGAACUUAUUAGCACUUUUUUAUACGCUAGUUAUAAAUAAUUUUAAAUGCAAUCUUUUUAAAACUCUGCACGGUCUAAUUUCGUUGUUACAAACGAUUUGAGAAACGAAACUGUUUUCUAUUUAUUGCGAGCAUUUUACUCUCGGAUGCACGUUUAUUGUGAUAAAUUUACCGCCUUCUUUUAUUUUUUCCAUUUUUUUUUUUCUAAAAGUUAUUUUGUCCCUGGAGAAAAUUUGACCGUGGUAAAUUCGAAAUUUACUCGGUGAAGCGAAUCCGAUCGCAGGCUUCACUUGUGAAGACGUACUUGUACAAAUUUAUUACAAGCAGAACAUGAAAAAUUUCUGAACUGACUUUUUCUGAUAACAAAUAUAAUGUAUGAUAUUCAAUGUUUUCAUUCAAAAUAAAUCCAAGAGAUGCUUUAGUUGAAUCAAUUAAAUUAAUUAAAAUACUUAUAUUACCAACCAUACCUUACUUGGAUAGUGAAAAAAAUUUCUUAUUGGAAAAAUUCAGAUCGAAAUUUUUAAAUUCUCAAUUCUUAAAGGUUGUCACUCAGCAUGAAACGCAUCUUUUUUUGAUGUAUUUUUUUUCGACAAUCUGUAAAGAAUCAGUAACGUUUUUAUUUUCUAGGCAUAUUUUGUUCUAUUUUUCUUUUGAAGGAAUAAGAUAGAAGAGAGUGUGCAAAGUAGAAAAGAAGUGUGUCACUGAUUCUGAAAAUCGAGGUGAUGUUUUCCUUUUCCUCGGUAAUGACGAUCGGAUGUGCUCGAACGAUAGUCCGAAUUCUGAAGAGUAUUUUUGUCGGUGGACUUUUUGUAAUACGUACGCGUGUACUUAGAAUAUUUUCGUCUGCAAAAAAGUGAUUUUGUAUUGCAGAGUGAUUUAAAAAUGUGGAAAUUUUAGAGAUCGAAAUCGAGUUUUUAGGCUAAAGAAAUUAGUCUUUGGAUAUAUUUCAUUGUCAUUCAAGUCUUAUUAGGUCGUUGUAGCCACGCCAAAGUCCACAAAAAUAUACAAAAUAUAAAUAA